GUUUUGGCUUGGUCAUUCAAUUCAGUCUUGUUGUAUCCAUUAGCACGUAAAUGAGUAUUUUACCGCACGCGAAGUACGAAACAGCAGCGAAACACAACAAAAAAAAAAAACAAACACAGCACAAAAUCAACUCAAAAGCAACAAAUAAGAUUCAAUGUAAAAGGCAUCGACAAGGCUCAUAAUGUCUACAAAUUUCAGUCAUGAGGUCAAGCUUAAAAUAGAAAAAGGACUUUAUAAAAUAAAGCCCUAUAAGUAUGGUUUUGGUCCACUAUGGAAAAUAUUCUCUCUUAUAUAUAACGAAAGCGAUUGCCUAGUCCAAGGUCUAGUAUGCUGCACAAAAUGUAACAAGCUGUGUUUGUAUGAUGGCAGAAAUGUAAAAGUUAUGAAUCAACAUGAAUGUUUCAAGAAAGAAUUUCCCAAUGAGGGAGAUAAUGAGAGCAAAGAUGAUGAUGCGCCUUUAAUGGACUUAGCCGAAUCCAAAGAAAGUCUAGAAAGUCCCGAAAUAAUUGAAAGAAAUAUCCAAACAGGACACUACACUUUGUUGUCUAUGCGUAAUAGUCAUAAAGUUUGGAACAUCUUUAGAAAAAUUACCGAUCAUGAAGGAAACUUGGUUAUUGGUUGGGUUUGCUGUUCCUUUUGCAAUCAUCUCGUAAGAUUUUUUAAAUACUGUUUAGCAAGUAUGAAGGAACACAAAUGCUUUGUAGAAUGGUAUCAUCAGCAUCUGGAGGAAAUGAUAAGAACUGGUUCCUACACAUUGGUUGACAAACAGUAUUCAAGUAGUCCAAUUUGGUCUAAAUUUGCCUCUAUUGCAAAACAAAAUAAAUCCUUGGUAAAGAAUUUGGUAUGUUGCCGUCAGUGUUUAACAAUAUUCCCAUAUCAGGAUAAGCGAAGUGAAACUAAAUUAAAUUGCCACCAAUGCUUUGACAAUGAAAGCGAAGAAGCCAGCCAAGAAGAUGGGGAACCAAAUGAAAUGUCUUUUCCCAGAGAUGAGCAAGAUCUAAUAAUAAGUGAAGGGGUCCAUAUGGAUGUAACAGAGGAAGAGUUUGUAAAUGAUAACAAAGAGCUGAAGGAAGAAUCUAACGAAGCGAAUGACUUCCUUAUGCAAACAGCCUCUGCUCAAAGAACCAUAGUAAAACAAAAACUCGACUCGGGCCUUUACACACUGAAAAUGAUGCAGGGUCGUCCUAGUCUUGUUUGGCAAGUAUUUGCUGCCAUCCUUAAAGAAGAUGGUAUCCUACUUGAGAACUUUGUUUGUUGCACCAAAUGCAAACAAGUUUUUAAAAUAUGUGGCUUACGAACUGGAAAUCUGAAAAUCCAUCAUUGCUUUACUGAAUUCAAACUAAGCGAUGUCGGUGUAACAACAAUCUUGGCAUCCGUCGAAAGAAAAUUAAUGAUAGGUGAUUGUAAAUUGAUUAAUAAUGAAACUGAUGCAAAAUUUAUGCACAUUGCGAAAAAAAAUGGAAGUAUUUUCGAAGACUUUGUAGCCUGUUGCCAAUGUAAAGAGGUGGUGCAGAAAAUAAAUCAGGAAGAACAUGCAUGCCCAAGCUCCAGCUCUGAAUCUCCCAAAGUUUUGGUUGCCAAACCGGCCGUGCCUACAAUUACCGUCGAUGAUAAAAUGAAAGCCGAUAUAAAGGAGAAUAUAAAUGCCAAAAUUUAUACAUUGAAAAUGCAAACUCAGGCACGUAGCAAAAUUUGGCAAAUAUUUGCGCUUAUUAUGCAGCCAAAUGGAGUUAAAAUUAAAAAUUAUGUUUUCUGUAUCAAAUGUAAAAAUGUGACAAGAUUGACAGAGGGAAAUGUCAAUAAUUUGCAACGCCAUCCAUGCUAUAAGGAAUACGUUAAUAAAAGUCAAGAGUUUGAAGUGGAAUCGGAGAAUGAAGGUGGCGCAGAUAACGGUAAUGUUAAUGACAAUGAUGGCAUGAGUGUAAACGAUAAUGAUAGCUUUGAGGAUAUCGAUAACUUUAUUGAUAAUGAUAACCACGUUAUGGUUAAUGAUAUCGAUUUCGUUGAGAAGAAGGCAAAGGUUGACAGUUAUCAUAAUGAUAACGGUAUCUUUAAGAAUGAGUAUAACAAUAAGGACAACGAUGAUGAUGAUGUUAAUGCUAAUAAUAAAAUUGAAGAAAGAGUACAUGACAUGUCUCUGCAGAACUCUGAAUUAAAAAUUGAACCAGAUCUAAAUACUGAAAUGGAUAUGGAGGCAAUCCAUAACACUCUGCAGUACUCUAAAUUAAAAUUCGAGCCAGAUCUAAAUAUUGAAAUGGUCCAACAUGAUUCUCACAUGAAGACGGCUGAUGAUGAUAGCCAUAUCGAACCUCUACAGAAUUCUUCGGAUACUAUGAUUACUCCAAUGCAGCCGACUGAUGAUGAUGAAGAGCUAACUAGCGAAUUUAUAAUGAAUCAAAUAAAUGCAAAAAUCUAUGAAUUGAAAAGUAUGCCUAGCCGUCGCAAAAAGUUUAGGGGAGUGUAUGCCAGCAUUUUUAAACCCAAUGAUUUGGAGAUUAAGAAUUAUGUUUUCUGCAAACGAUGUCAGCAAGUCUUGCAAUAUCAUGACACACACGGAUUCGUUUUAUAUCGUCAUGGUUGCUAUAAGGACAGCCUUCUUAAAUCAAACGAGCAUAGCAGCAACAAUUGCAACACCAAGAACUGCCAGAUUUGUAUUGCAAAAUCAAAACGUGACGAACGGAAGGAAGAAAUGCAAAUAAAAGACGACAUAAGGAAAAAACUUGCUGCUAAGGUUUAUAGCUUGAAAUUGAAUCGCAAGCAUGGAACCCCCCUGUGGAGAAUGUUUGCCAGGAUAUUUGAUAACAAUGGAUUGCUGCUUGAAGACUUUGCUUUUUGCACUCAAUGCAAAAAAAUUUUAAAAUCCAAAGGCAAUAAUAAUUCCAGCAAUUUGUAUCGUCAUUACUGUUAUAAAUCAUACAGAAACUUUGAAGAAGAGAAAACUUUAAAAGACGUUAUAUAUUUAAAUUUUGAUAAUGUUACCAAUAAUAGCAACAAUUGCAGCGAAGAAGGAGAAGAAGAGGUUUCAAGCCGAGAAUUUUUACAAAAUUCCCAUAUUUCUCAAAUAGCAGCUGAAGAAGAAAAGGAAGAAAAUUCCAACCUUAAACUUGAAUUUGAUGAUGACUCCAAUGAAACGCAAACAGAAACCUGCGAAGACUUUCCAUCGGAACACAUACCAGAAAUUGAAGAUUCAUCCAUAGACCCCAAUGCAUCUUAUCUUAAGGUUGAUGAUGGACGUAUCGAGGCUCUGCAGUACUCCCAAUUAAAAAUCGAGCCAGAUCUAAACAUCGUAAUGGACUCACAUGAUUCUCACUUGAAGACGGCUGAUGAUGAUAGCCAUAUCGAAUCUCGGCACAAUUCUCUGGAUACUAUGGACACUCAAAUGCAGGCGACUAAUGAUGAUGAUGAAGAGCCAACUAGCGAAUUUAUAAUGAAGCAAAUUAAUGCAAAAAUUUAUAAAUUAAAAAGUAUGCCUAGGCGUCGCAACAAGUUAAGGGGAGUAUAUGCCAGAAUUUUCAAACCCAAUGAUGUGGAGAUUAAAAAACAUGUUGUCUGCAAACUAUGUCAGCGAGUCUUACAAUACCAUGACACACAUGGAUUUGUUUUAUAUCGUCAUGGUUGCUAUAAAGAGAGCCUUCUUACAUCAAACGGAAGCGUUAAAAACAAAACAAACCUAGACAUAGAAAGUGAGGAGGACAAUGACGAGCAUAACAGCAACAAUUGCCAUAUCAAGGACUGCCAGAUUUGUAUUGCAAUAUCAAGACGAGGCCAAAGGAAGGAAGAAUUGCUGAUAAAAGAUGGCAUACUGAAAAAACUUGUUGCUAAGGUUUAUAGCUUGAGAUUGCAGCGCAAGCCUAGAACCCCAUUGUGGAGAAUGUUUGCCAAGAUAUUAGAUAGCAAUGGUUGGCCGCUUAAAGACUUUGCUUUUUGCACUCAGUGCAAAGGAAUUUUAAAAUCCAAAGGCAAUAAUUCCAGCAAUUUGUAUCGCCAUCACUGUUAUAAACCUUUUCUACAAAAAAUGGGGGCUGCAUGUCAAAAAAAUGAAAGUGAAGAUGCUGAGGAAAACGAAUUGGAAGAAUGCAGGCACUCUAAAGGAGGCAAAAAUUUGAAAGACUAUAUAUAUUUCAAUAUUGAUAAUGUUAAAAAUGGCAGCGUUUCCCAAAUAGCAGCUGAAGAAGAAGGAGAGGUUUUAAGCGGAAAUUCCCACAUUUCUCAAAUAGAAGCUGAAAAAGAAACUUCCAGCCUUGUGAGGGUUAAACCCUCGCCGAAGGCGGUUGAUAAGAAUUCCAGCUUCUAUAUAAUGAGUCAACUACGUUCCAAGGUCUAUAAAUUAAGAAUGCCACACAAGCCUCAAACACCUAUGUGGCAGGUGUUUGCCAAGAUUGUCAAACCCAAUGGAAACGAAAUUAAAGGCAUGGCCUUGUGCACAAUGUGUAAAAGGCUGUUUAAAUGCAAAAACAGAUUAUUCCAUAAUCUGCAACGGCAUAUUUGUUUUAAAUUACACCAUCAAGAAAGCAACAAAGUUGAUAAUGGUGAUGCGGAGGAUGAGCAGCAGCAAAAGUCGGCCUAUAAGGACUUCUAUUUUGAAAUGGACAUCAUAGACCAGCCGAGCUUAUCGCAUAUCGAAUUUGAUGAUGAUGCCAAUGAUACCCAAGCAGAGACCGACGAAGAUUCUUCUCAAUCAGAGGAUAUACCACCGUCUAAAUAUUCACCCAUAGAACCUGAUGAAUCUUAUCUUAAGGCUGAUGAUGGAACAGCAAAAGCUUUUAUAUUGGCAAAACUAUAUAGCAAAUGCUAUAGAUUGAGAAUGCAACGCAAUCCACGAAUUGCAUUAUGGAAAAUAUUUGCCCACAUAACCAGAACCAAUGGUUCGGCAAUUAAUGACUUUGUAUUUUGCACUCGUUGCCAGAAUCUGAUGAAAUUCAAGAACAACAAUACCGCCAACUUGUAUCGCCACAUAUGCUUUAAGAACAACCUGCAGCAAAUUAAUGUCGUAGAUGCUACGCAGGCAGAGAGAGAAAGCAAAUCUUCUAAAAAAGACUUUAUAUACUAUGAUUUUGAAGCGAACCCCACAAUAGAGCCCUCCUACGAAUCACCAAGUACAUUGAUAAUAGAUGAUGGCUCCUCAGCCGCUAGCAUUAAGCCCAUAAUAGAGCCCUGUUAUGAGUCCUCCAGAACAUUUAUCAUGGACAAACUGUGCAGUAAGGUGUAUAAAUUAGGGGUACAAAAGAAUCCACAUAAGCAUCUGUGGAAAGUUUUUGCCAAAAUAGUCCGACCCAAUGGAACAGAUGUCAAAGAUUUCAUUUGUUGUAAUCUAUGUAAAAAAGUUUUGAGAUGCAAAAACAAGAGAACCAGCAAUUUACAUCGUCAUAUAUGCUAUAGGAAAACCUUGAAAGAAAAUUCUCCACAUGUCCACAAGCAGGAGGAUGAGCAGUGGGACGGCGAGGGAGAGGAAGAACAUAAAACCAAUGCCAAGGUUUAUGAAUAUGUCAAUUAUGAAUUGGAUAUGAUACCCGAACAUGUUGAAUAUUGUCUAGAGAUGGGUGUUUACAAACUAAAGGGCAACGAAGCAAAUCCACAGAUUUCCAAAUAUGCCCAAAUAAUCAAUAAGCAUGAAAGCAUUCUAAAGAAUAUGCUAUACUGUAAUGAGUGUAAAACGGUUGUGGAAGAACACGAAUUGGACGAGCAUAACUGUGAGGAUUCCCAUGCAUUAAGAGAAGAGAAAAGACAAAACCUCAAGAAAAGAUUUCAAAAAGAAAAGCAUGAAUGCAUGAAGGCAGAAAUAAAAACGAAAAUAAAUGCGGGCAACUACCAAGUGGAUAAUGAGGAUGUCAUGUAUAAUCUUUAUGCCAUGAUUAGAAACUCCAAUAACAUCAUUAUUGAGGGAUAUCUGUAUUGCAUCCAGUGUGGCAGUGUAUUGAAACAUGAAAAAAGGGAUCAUAGAAAUAUUAAGAGACAUCGGUGCUAUUUGAAGGCUCUAAAGGAGGGAGAGAAACCAGCAUUUAGGGCUGGAAAACGUACCCAUCGAGAAAACUCCCCCUCAUAUGAAGAUUCCAGAAGCCGGGAUAGUGUGUCUAGCCAGACAGCCUCCCAUCCCAUAUGGUCCAAAUAUGAACUUAUACCCAUGAGUGAUGGCUCUAAUUUAAAAGGUGUGGUUAGCUGUCGCCUUUGUAAAAUGGUGCUGAGAUAUGAUGGCUGCAACGAAAGUGAUCUACAGUUACAUAAAUGUUUGACCAUGGCUCCUAUGCGUACCACCCUAAAUGCCUUGGAGUUGGCAUCUGACUACAAAGAGGAUGUAGUAAAACAUAGCCAAGAAAAUCCCAGUAAACGUAUAAAAAUUGAAAUUCUAGAUGCCUAUUCCAUAGGCAUAAAGCAAGAUGUAUUAGAUGGGGAACAAGAGGAAGAAAAAGAAGAAGAAUUUCCAUGUAACACUUUCAUAGAAGCAAGCAAGAUUCAGGCACAUAGUCUUUCUCCGCCACCUCUACACUAUUUCACAGCAAACGAAAGUGCCAGUGUUGAUAGGUCUAUGCAAGUGGUUAAAGAAAAAAUUACUAAAGGUCUUUAUAGAUUACAGCCAUGCAAUGUUGAAGAUGCUGCCCAGCAGAGUAUGUUUGCUAUGAUCAUACAAGAGAAUGGCCAGGCCAUUAUAGAGCCUUGGCUAUUUUGUCGUCAAUGUUCCUCUAUAGUCGUAAGCCAAAACUUGAAUCAACAUUCUUGCUAUAGAAAUAUCCAAAGAAAACUUAGCCAUGAGGAUAAGGCUAAGACUUUAGCUGUCUAUAGCAAAUGGAGCAUUGAAGUUGGGCAGGAUGUUAGCAAUUUGCAAACUUUGGGUUUUAGCAAAUUGCUACGUCAUUGGUUGCAUAUGGGAGCAAAACAAGGUGGCAAGGGUUUAUCGCAAGCCAAGGACUAUAUACCAAACUCCCUAAGUGUUGCAGAGAAACUUAAAGAAAUGGCUAGGGUAAAGCAAGACGAUAUAAAGAAUAAAAUUAAGGAUAUGCCAUCUUGGCUUAAUAUAUCUGUGGAGCUGUGGCCUGAGGUGCUAAUCAACAAAAGUUUCCUUAGUCUUACUUUGCAUUAUGCCAAGGAUUUCAAAUUACAGCAGCUGGUAUUGGCGACAAAAUCUUUGCAGCCAGUUUCAAAUAAUGACCAAGAUAUACGAUUUAAGAUAGAUAAUAUAUUGGCUGAUUUUGAUAUAUUCCCAGCUGGCAAAAACAUAAUUUAUGUCUUAGAGGAGACAAAUGAAUUUAAACAAGCUUUGAAUGCUGAUAAUAGUCAUCUUAUAAACUGUUCCAGUUAUAUGUUGGCUAAAGUUAUAGACAAGUCACUUGAAGAUACCCCUCAACUAGUUGGCUUAACUAACAACUGCAGCCUGAUAGCACAACUAUACAAAGAUCUUAUAGGGAAGCAGGAGGAGAAAGAGGAGGAAUCACAAUCACAGCCAGAAGCUUUGUUAACAGAUUGCAAUUCCUCAUUUACACUAUUGCUUUUGAUAUCCAGCAAAUGGUUUGAAAUCAGAAAAUUUAAAUCGCAGAUAGUUGACACUCUGAGACUAAGCCAAACCACUUGGAUGGCAAUACAAACUUUAAUGGAUUUGUUUAAAAAUGUUGAAAUUAUUAUGAAAAGAUUGCAGGAUAAUCAAUCACCCUCACUUUGCUUUGUUAUACCCUCUGUAAAACGUUUGAAAAUGAUGUGUGAAAGCAUACCCAACCAUGAAGCCACAGAGAUAGCCCUGUUCAAGGCCAACAUGCUAAAGAACCUGGAUGCCAUAUGGUGUAGCAACAAUAUCAAUAUGUGGCAUAAAAUUGCCUACUUUUUAUAUCCACCCACUAAUAAGGAACAAACACAUGAAUUGCCCGAUAUCAAGAAAUUUUGUAUGGAACAAAUGAAGGCUAUAUUGCCCGAUCAAGUUGAAAAAGCAGAAGAAUUUUCAAGUCCUCUCAGCAUUAAGACUCCUCCAAGUGAUGAAGAAGAAGAUGCUGAUGAAAUUGAUUUCUUUUUUCCCCAAUUACGUACACAUAAUACCAAUGCGAGAUUGAAAACUCAGCAGCAGCAACAGGAGGAACUUGAACGUUAUUGUCUGGAAAAUGUUCUACUAAAUGCAAAUUUUAAUGUCCUGCAAUGGUGGGAGAGUAAUGCCAAUAAAUAUCCCCUCUUAUCUAAACUAGCCUUACAAAUAUUGACCAUACCGGCCAGCACUAAGAAGUUGCAGCGUUUAAAAGCACUGAGGAAAAAUGUUAUAAGCCAGUCCAAGGAUGUUGACAAUGUUUUAUUUCUCAACUCAUUGUUACAAAGUGGAAUAUAUGAUGGUACGUAAAACGAAGAUAAGCUGUUUCCA